AUGGCAUCGGAGGAAGUACAGUCGCCGGAGGCGGAGGGCGAGGCGAUGGUGACGGUGGUCAUCAAGAACCCCUCCGCGUCGUCGCCCGGCGAUUUCAAGACGCGAGUGCGAGCGGCGGGCACGGUGGGCGACGUGAAGCGACAGCUGCAGGAGGAGUACGCGGGGCACCCCGACCCCGCGCGACAGAAGCUGAUCGUCGCCGGCCAGCUCGUGAAAGACUCGCUCCUCGUCCGCGACGUAUUUAAACAGAAGAACCUGAGCGAGCCCCAGGUGAUGCACCUCGUCGUCUCCUCCGCUCCCCCCGGCGCCUCGUCCGCGCCGUCCUCUGCGCCGACCUCCGCGCCUUCCUCCGUGCCCUCCACCACUCACUCCAGUCGCUCCGUCUCCCCCACGCCCUCCUCCUCUUCGCGCGCUCACUCGCGCGCCACCGUCCCUGCCUCCAACCCCGCGCUUGCGCCUUUCCCUGCCGCGCCUGCGCCAAUCCCUGCGCCCGCCGCCGCCGCCUCACUGCAGCGCGCAGGCUCUGUCCCGGGCAGCCCCGCCCCCUCUGUUGGCGCGCCUGCACACACCCACACGCACCACCCACCAGCUGUGGGCCUCGCACCACCACCGCCCGCACCAGCAGCAGCAGCGGCGGCGGCACCUUUGCCUCAGCCAGGGGCAGCACAGCCCCACCCCGCCGCCCCUGCUGCCGCCCCUGCUGCUGUGGCAGGUGCUGUGGGGGACGGGGCGGCAGCAGCGGGGGCAGUGCAGCAGCACGCGAGGCAGGCGGGUGCAGUGGGCGGGGUGGAGGAGGAGUGGCAGCAGCAGCUGCAGCAGCGGCUGCAGGCGGUGAUGCAGGCGGUGCGGCAGCAGCAGAUGGCGGAGCACCACGCUGCCAUGGCCGCUGCUGCCGCUGCUGCACAGAGGGGGGGUGCAGGUGGGCUUGCAGGGGUGCAAGGAGGAGGCAGGGUGGCAGGGGAUGCAGCAGCACAUGUGGGGGUGGGGGGGCCGGCAGCAGUGGAGGGCGCGCCUCGAGUGCGGCGCAUUCAGUUUGCGAUCCGCAUUGACCUCAUGCUGCUGCUCAAGCUCACGCUGCUUGUCUAUGUCUUCGGCCAGGGCGGGGGCUACCGCCGCUUCUUUGCCCUCAUCGCUGCUGCUCUCCUCAUCUACCUGUACCAAGCGGGGGUGCUGGCGCCGGUGCUGCGGUGGCUCUCCCACCGCGCGCAGGCUGCCAUGGGCCUGCCGCCUCACCCCCACCCCCCCCACGCCGCUGCUGCCGCCAAUGCUGCAGCGCCACCUCAGGCUGGGGCAGGGGCUGCAGGGGGUGGGGGAGAGGCGCCAGGGGCGGAGGGAGGUGUUGGCGGGGCGGCCGGUGGUGUGCAGGGCCAAGCAGCGACGGUCCGCGCGCCGCUCGUGGCGGCUGUCAUGGCGUCCACCCACGCAGACGCCGCUGACUCGCAAUCGGACGGCUCAGAUUCUCCAAUUCUCGUGGAGCGACCGGGUCCGUCCGAUGUGGCUACGGCAGGCGAACUGGCAGACAGGGAGGCUGCAGGGGGCGCAGCCGCUGGUGGGUCGGAGGCGAAGGCGGACGACUCGUCCGCGGGACCACCAGGCAGCGAUGGCGCGCUCGGCGAUGCGCGGGAGGAACGCGCGGAGCCCCCAGGGCAGGUCGAGGCGGCAUCCGCAGCUGCGCUGGUGGCGCCGUCGAAGGCGCAGGAACGAGAGAGAGUCGCGGCGGGCGGGUCGGCGCAGGGCGAGGUGGCGGCGGCUGUGGGGCAGGUGGCGGCGGGAGUGGCGGCGGGCGUGGCGGGGCUCGCGAGCAGCGCGGGCGCCGAGGCAGCCGCCGUCGUCAGCAGCCUGGGCGAGCGGGUGACAGGGCUGAGCACGGGCUUUGUGUCUCUCUUCAGUGUCUUUGACUCCGCCAUCGCCUACCCCUCCGACAACCCCACUGCCCCCGCUGGGGCCGCUGGAAGCACAGCGCAGGCAGAGGCGGUCAAGGCCAGGGGGGGUGAUGGCAGGGGGGCGGGGGGCGCGGAGGAGGAGGGGCGGGAGGGGGCGGAGGGCAGUGCACGGUCGCCACACCCAUCCAGAGCCAUCGACCUGCAGGCCAUCUUUGGCCUGCCCACCCAUGAGACCCUGCUGGAAGCCUUCCCCUGUCGGCUGCUGCAGCUGUACCGGCCGGUGCACAACACGUUCACACCGGACAUGAGGCGUGCGUUCAGGGGCACGCUCUACAUCACACACCAGCACGUCUGCCUCUGCCUCGAUGACACUGGCCGCCGCAUCCCCAUAAAGCUGGAGGCGGGGGAGGUGGCGGGGGUGGGGAAGCAGGUGGCGAGGCGGGGGGAGAGCAGCGACCAGCUCAAGAUCGACCUGGCGGGGGCGCACAGCUCGCUACUGCUGCAGGACUUUGCCUCCCCCGAUGCACUGGACAGCGCUCUCGCCCUCCUCGAGCACAUCACCUCCUGA